AUGGGCCAAGCACACAACCUGAGGAAGCUGCAGGAUAGCAUCGUGAUGAGGUCUUAUCCCUCUGAGCAGAAUGGAGAGAACGCUAGAUCAAACUCAACCUGGUGUAUCGAUGCCCAACUCCUCUGGGACCUCCUCAUCUACGAGAGAGCUGGCCGCUUCGGCGCCGAUACAGACAAAACCUUGUUUGGUGACAGUAUCAUCGUCAAGUCUGAUCAGUCUGAGAAAGAAGAUGUUGCCGAGUUUGCCAUGGUUGGAUGCGCCGGGAUCUCCGGCCACAAGACAGUGCCAGUGGAGGUCAUCGCCGAUGCGCCCGACGAAAGCGAAACCUUUCCACUGCUCGACUAUUCGGCGACUCCGACCCCGGUCAUGCAAAACGGUCUCGAAGCGAACACCGAUUUUGUAUUCGGGAGUGCGGGCGAUAUGAAUCACUUCAUGGACCAAAGUAAUAUACUUUUGCAGGAGGAUUUCGGGAAGGCAAUUGGUGGCUGGAUAAAUUUUAAUGCAAUGUAG